AUGAACCGAUUCCCACCUCGCGCCUUUGCGCACCGUGGGGAGGCCAAAUAUGAGUAUAUUCCGCUAAGGCAGCACAACCAACCUACCACUGUAGAACCUACCAUUGCAGAAGAAGACAUUUAUCAAGAAGAUGCGCCAACGGACUUCGGCUGGAUACCGGAUGAUCACCCGCAUGUGGGACAGGCUGACAUUGAAGGGACAGCUGCGGCUGAUCAUGGGGCAUGUGAUUCAGACGAUUACAACGGGGACAGCAAGGAUGCUGACGAAUCAGAUGGCGCUGGCGGAGCGGCCACCUCUUACGGACUCGCGUUUGACCCCCAACACGCUAGUCUGUACUUCCAUCAUCUUCCCAAUAGCGCCGUGGAGCGGUGCAGCGAUGAGGCCGCCUGUCCCCGCUGUGGUUCCGCAGGAUGUCGUGGUGGCCUUUCUCCUAUCCCUGUCACAGUCGUCUGCUGGGACAAACCCAUGGCGAUCAGCCUUCCCCAGCUGACCUGCAUGCACUGCCGUGCACCUUUCACCAUUCGGUCGACAACGGCUGUCGACUGCCUGCCGGAUACAGUAUCCUCAUGA